AUGUUAGAUGCUCAUUCAUCAUCCGAAUAUAUUUUGACACUUAAAGAUCGUAAAGGAUUUGUUAAACUCGGUCUUGCUCAUGGUGCUAGUCUUGUUCCUGUAUUUUCUUUUGGCGAAAAUCAUAUCUACGAACAAUUAGCUAAUCCACGCGGAUCAAAACUACGCAACUUUCAGCUACUGUUGUACAAGAUAACAGGUAAUACAAUGCCGCUCUUCAGAGGCUGUGGCCUAUUCCAAAAGUAUUUCGGCUUUAUACCCAAACGCCGGCCGAUUGAUUCCUAUGUUGGUGAACCUAUAGAAUUACCAAAGUUGUCGCCAGAGCAAAUAACUGAUGAAAUUGUCGAUCAGUAUCAAAAACAAUACAUGGAUUCAUUGACACAUCUAUUCAAUACACACAAAGAAAAGCACGGCGAUGAAGACUCAACAAUCAAAUACAUUAAUUCUUAUGAUCACUAG